AUGCACAUUGAUAAUGAGAACAUUUUGGACUUUGACGGUGGUACUCAACAACAAGAUUCUCCGAAUGUGAAGACAUCAAUUGAAUGCUCAAUAAGAGUUGAGAAUGAGGAUGAGAACCAAGAACACACUGCACAACCAACUGAUGAAGAACCAAACCAAGAUUCUGGUGGGCGUGAUGAUAACAGUCAAAAUAAGAGAAAGUUAAGAUCUGUUGUUUGGAAUCAUUUUAAAAAACAAAAGAUUGGAGAUGUGUGGAAAGCAGUGUGCAAUAACUGUGGGAAAAAGCUAUUGGCUGGAAGCAAAAAUGGAACUACACAUUUGCAUGAUCGUUUCAAAAUAUCUCUUUUUAGGAAGCAAAGAGAUAUAAAGCAGUCUUUGUUGCAUCCUACUAAAUCAAAUGAUGGGGGUGUCAAGCUUAGUACGUAUAAUUUUGAUCAACAAAAUGCAAGGAAGGAGCUUGCUUGUAUGAUUAUUUUGCAUGAGUACCCGAUGUCCAUGGUUGAACAUGUCGGUUUUAGAAGAUAUUCAAUGACUUUCCAACCCUUGUUUAAGAUGGUUUCUCGAAACACAAUUAAGGGUGACAUCUUUAAAAUAUUUGAGUAUGAGAGAGAAAGAACAAUGAAGUUGUUGGAGACAAAUCAAAAUAGAAUUGCAAUUACAACUGAUAUGUGGACCUCAAAUAACCAAAAGAAAGGGUUUAUGGCCGUCACAUCUCAUUUCAUUGAUGAAUCUUGGAACUUGCAAAGUUGA